CGGAGAGUGUUUGACAACGCUGGGCAUCGGGAUGCAUAGGGAUGAACAUGGCAGCUGGUGGCAUUCCCUGUCAUCGCACGGCAUCCUCCACCGACUACCCCGAUGAGAUCUCAGUGUCUCCAACUGGUGAGACGAUCGCCGUCGAAAGCGGUGACAGACAUUCCGAUUCCAAAGCGUUCGACCCAUGAGAUCGCCUUGCGACCACAGUUGGCACCCACUUUAUCGCCUCCUCACCAGCGCGAGGAGGCGGGAGAGCUGCAGCGGCGGAUCCACGUUGCCUCGGUGGAGGAGUUGCGGGACUUGAUUCAACUUGAACUGCCCAACUUUGAUGAACACCACGCGGUGAGCUCCUUGGAACGACUGGCGAGUGUGCAUGUGGAUGUAAUGGAUGAAAGUUCUGACAGACUUUUCAAGGCAUUGCUACAACGUCUUCACAGCGGGGAGAUGGAGACUUCAACCUUGGCGCGCCUGGGAGCUGCGGCUGUGUCUUUCUCUCAGGGUGAGGUGGUGAACGCUGUGUCUGCCAGAGCGACUGAGCAAGCUGCUGAAUUUGGAAACCGAGAACUUGUGAUCUUGGCUCGUGCCAUGGCCCUGGCUGGUGAAGAAGGUGCUGUUGCUGCCCUGGUGAAUGGGGCUGCACCUCGUGCAGCUGCUCUUGGGGCCAGGGCUCUGGUGCGCUUGGCAUGGGCCUCUGCAACCGUGCGGUGGCAAAAUCCUGCUUUGGACCAGAUCCUUGAAGAAGCUUCUCUUCGUUCUGAUCGACUUCGGCCACUGGCCAUGUCAAACCUGCUUUGGUCCAUGGCAUCGCUGCGGAACGGAAACCCACACGCCCUGCGUUCGUUGUUGCCGCAUGUGGUGCACCGAUGCCGGGAUCUGUCUCCACAGGGCCUGGCAACAGGACUGUGGUCUUUAGCAGCGCUACGCCCCCAAGGAAAAACAGUUGCGAGACCUGGAUGGAUGGAAGAGGAUGCGAUUUUGCGAAUGUCAGCUCAGGCCAUGCGGAAGAUCGAAGACUUCAGCCCAGAGGACUUAGGUGCACUGGCCCGUGCGACCGCGGUGUUUGCAUCUGCUCACACAAGAGGGGGGGAUUUCUUGCCACUGGCCGAAGCAGUGCUCAGUGAAGCCACCAAAGACAUGGCGCGAUUGCAGAGCUUGUCGCCCCGACAGUUACAGAGGCUCCUGGGUUCCAUGGCACGAUGGCGUUGCCGUGACCAGGACUCUUUGGAGCAGUUAGCCGGUGAGGUGAAACGGAAAGCAAGUCAACUAAACACCCAUGAAGCUGCUGCGAUUAUUUGGGCUUCGGCUGCCUUGCAAGUUUCAUCAAUGUUAGUCCCAGUGCUCAGUGCGCGUGUGGCGGAACUGGUGGAAAGUCAUCCGAAGGCAGAUUCUGCAUUUACAGCUGUGGCUGGUCUCCUUUGGGCUGCUGCUUUGCCGGCCAAAGCUGGAAGCGUCGAGAUUGGCUGCUUGAGUAUUGAUCCCAAAUUCUUGAGUCUACUAGGCAGCUUCGCAACAAUCAGUGCUGCUGAAGCCCCGACUUACCAACUCUCUGGUGUCGCUGUAGCUGGGGCAAGGCUUAGACUGCCGACGACCGGCAUUUUGAGAACCGUUCUUCUGGAAAUCAUCUCUCGUGCCGAGAGGAGCUCUUUGGAAGCACAGGAUUGUGCCUUGGCUGCUCACGGUUUUGCCACCCUCGGCUUGGGAAGGGAGGGGAUGUUGUUAGAGAUUUUGAGCCGGAACUUCCUGCAGAGGGCUGGGCGCCCUGUGGAAGGCUCGGACACCGCCAGAGAUUGGUCCGACAUGGUGGAGGCCUCGAUGCGCAGUGGUGAUGGUGACGGUGUUCGUGGCCACUUCGAAGUCGAAGUGAUGGCCGUCUAUGAAGACUCUGUCGUGGUGCCUUUGUUGCAGCACCUGAAGGCCAUUGCUUCGCGACAGCCUUCGUUGGAGCCUUCGCUUCGCUCCUUGGAGCACUUCGCUGCCACCUUGGCCUUGCCAGGCCUGGGAGCCCAUGUGACCCGACAGGUCCUGCAGCGAACGGCCUUGCGUGAGGAGGUGCCGGAGGAGACCUGGGCCUCAGCACGGAGAGCGGUGAAGGCAAGGCUUUGGGCGACGAGCUCCGUGCGGAACGCGUGGUUAGCCUACCGACUCUCCGUGGCAUUUGCCGGGGAGUCAGGCGAGGACGAGCUCCAGGAGGUCUCUGAAGAGCCCGGGCGCCUCGUCGGCGCGGGAGAAGCGGGGCACGCGGAGCAGCUCCCCGGACUCCUGCGCCCUCUAGCGCUGCCGGGCGUUUCAGCUGCCGGGCGCCAUGCGGAGCACCAGGCCGUGCUGGCGGUGGUCCGAACCCUGCGCGUGAUGGAGCAGCGCUUGCGGCGAGCUGGAAGGAGAUCGCGAGCCGUAAGGGCCCAAACAGCCCAAACGGACAAAAGCCUAAAACCACCAUUUUCAGGUUUUCACGUGAGUGGCAUGGUGCAGAUCUAUGGCUUUGGCUCCGCGCCGUCCCUCUCCUUUCUGGCAGUCCUGGCACAGCUCCAGAGACACUUCCCGUCGUUGCUUCUGAACAUCGACUUUGAUGAUGAUGUUGCAAGGAUGCCCAAACCUUAUCCCUUUGACUAAUGCCAAAGUGAGAACGGUGGCUUCAUAGUGUUGAGCCUUCUCUGUGAGACAGACACAGAGCUGCCUUGAAAGAGUUUGCCAUGUGAAGACCCGG